UAUCAUAUCGAUAUACGUUUUCCUAGCCACAUCAGUUUAUAAAAUUCAGACAAUGUUGGCCGGCUUUUCAUUUGCUAUUGGUAUUUUAAUUUUGGUAAUAAAAUAUAUCUAAGAAAAAUAGACUAUACAAAACUUUCUAUAAUAUGAGCGUAAAGCAGAGUUACGCAGUUAAAAAUGUUUGAGAAAAUUGUCAGCCGAUCACUGGUUUUGUUAGUGGCGAUUUCAAACCUUUUUUGUGAUAAUAUAGCGACAGAUUUAGCUGGUUCACCUCAAAGCUAUUCUGUUACUACGCUUAUCAAUGCAAAGUGGGUACAGACACCCUUAUAUUUAGAAAUAGCCGAGUAUUUAGCGGAUGAAAAUCCCGCAUUGUUCUGGGAUUAUGUUAAUGCGGUACAAAAAGAACAAAAGUCGCUUAAGGAAUAUGCUUCAGAGUCAAAUCAAUAUUUAGCAGCGAUUAAUCUUGUCCGGAAUCGGCUAAGUGUACUUCAAGUACCCCUGCUUAAAUUAGUGAUAUCUUUACAUAGUCUAACGCCGCGGAUUCAAACACAUUUACAAAUAUCCAACGAAAUAUACAGUAGAUCAAAUUGCGAUUCAGACACUUUUGUACAGAUUGGAGAUGAAGUAGUGUGUAACAUUGAUGAACUAAAGGAAAAACUCUACUCAAAUAAUUCUUUGGAGAGCAUUGUAACGUACAGUUUCGAUCAUAUUUACCCAGGCCUAGAAAAUCAAUCACGAACUAUUAUUCUAUAUGGUGAUUUUGCAUCUCGUUUAUUCUCGUCAUAUCACAAAAUUCUGUCGGAAGAAGCGGUUGCUGGAAAUAUUCGCUACAUUGUCAGACAUUUCAUCUUAGUUAAUCUAAAUGACCGGCACGUACGUUUAUCUGGUUAUGGUGUAGAGCUUCAUCUUAAAUCAACUGAAUAUAAAAGUCAAGAUGAUGCGCCCAAGGCAACAGACGACAAUGUAAAAAAUAACACAGUAGAUGACGUUGCAAUUGAAGGUUUUGACUUCAAAAUACUAAAGCAUCGUUUUCCUAGUUUGUCUCAUCCUUUAGAUCAACUGCGUUAUAACUUGUUAAAAGUUAAUGAAGAAAUCUCGCAAUUAAAGGCUUGGGAAUUUCAAGAUCUUGGCUUGCAGGCUGCCGCUGCCAUAUCUGAGGUGCAAGGAGAUGAAGCUCUUCAAAUUCUACAAUUCGUAGCUCAUAAUUUUCCUAUGCAAGCACGCGCCCUUCUUAAUCAUAAAGUAUCUGAUGCACUACGUGCCGAAAUCAAACAUAAUAUUGAUGUUUUUGGACGCAGUCUAAAUAUUAUGCCCCCGGAUGGUGCACUAUUUGUUAAUGGUUUAUUCUUUGACGCUGAUACUAUGGAUCUCGGUACUUUAGUAGAAACGGUGCGCAGUGAAAUCCAGGUUCUCGAGACUUUGCACAGGAAUAAUAUACGGGGUUCUCUAGCGACAUCGCUCUUCGCCUUGGAUCUUUCUGGCGCUUCAAACAAAGAGUUUGCAAUGGAUAUUAGAGACACGGCAGUAAUGUGGGUAAAUGAUAUUGAGACGGACUCACAAUACCGCAGAUGGCCAUCAAGCGUUAUGGAUUUGUUAAGGCCUGCUUUCCCAGGAAUGCUACGAAAUAUUCGUAAAAAUAUUUUCAAUUUAGUUCUAGUAGUGGACCCUUUGGAUCCAUCAAGCCGUAAUAUUAUUAAAUUAGCAGAGAGUUUUAUUAUCCACCAAGCGCCUGUCAGGCUGGGUCUUGUCUUCGACAUACGGAGGGCUCAAAAGGACACGGCUAAAGACUAUCAAUCAAUUAUUUGUGCUUAUAACUAUGUUACACAAAAUAAGGAUGGCAGAUCAGCUCUUAGUUUUUUAACUGAUGUAUUCGCGACUGUCGAUACCACGGAACGUGUACGCCAUCAACAUAUCCGAAGUCAACUAAAAAAAUUGUUUAGUAAUUUUUAUGGCAGUAACAUUGAUGAUAUUCUAGGAGAAGACUCCGAUUAUGAGUAUGGUCAACAAUUGUCCGAGGAGUUCAUUGAUCGUUUAGGUUUUGUUGAUUCCCCUCAAGCAUUACUUAAUGGUGUACCUAUGCAACAAAAUUUAUUGUCCUCUGAUAGUGAAUUCGAAGAAGCGAUAUUUUCAGAAAUUAUUCAACAGACUAGCAUUUUUCAGAAAGCGGUAUAUAAAGGAGAUUUAACAGACUCUGAUUCAGUCAUUGAUUACUUAAUGAAUCAGGAUCAUGUAAUGCCACGCUUAAACCAACGCAUUCUUAGUAUUGAAGCCUCUAAAUUUCUCGAUUUUACUGGAAAUGAAAGCAAAGAUUUAACGAACGUGCGGGGUCUGGGCCAACUCUCAAAUCGAGAUAUGACUGCGACCCUUUUGACUAAUUUAAAAUAUUUUAUCGGUAAACAUUCAACCGAAAAUAUUGGUACCGCUAAACUACACUUCUUAACUAUUUGGGUCAUUGCUGAUAUUGAACAAACCGAGGGUCGGGAGUUAUUAACGAAUGCUCUGAGAUUCGUUAAAUCUGGAAGUAGUGUACGCGUAGGAUUUAUCCCAAAUUCAGAAGGCUCGAAUCUUUCAGAUAAACACAAUUUGAAUCGUCUUGUUUGGGCUGCUGCACAAACUCUACCGCCUCUGGAAAGCACAGACUUGGUUUUGAAAUUGCUCAAGGACCCUACAUCAGCUCAUGAUAUUCCAGAUGCAGUCAACGAUGUUCUAUCUUCAACUGAACUACAUAUGAAGAUGUUGAGGGUAUAUGUACAACGUGUCUUUGGAUUACAUAAGUCUGGUCGCUUAGUGGUUGGAAAUGGAAAAAUAUUCGGCCCGUUGUCUCCAAAGGAGCAGUUUAAUAUCGACGACUUUGGUCUGAUUGAGAGACUAAAUACAUUCCAGUACGGCGACAAAAUCCGAAAAGUAAUACAGCAAAACGGCAAUAUUGACGGGAGCGGCGAUGAACUCCCGAUAACUAGUGAUACAUUACUUAAACUUUACGCAAGCCUGGUGCCCAGGCAAUCCAAGACUCGCUUUAAGAUACCAGAGGAUAUUAAGAAAGACAAUUCCGUAGUCACAUUAGCCCCCAAACAAUCAUGGUUGCCGCAUUUUGAUAUUUCGGCAGUAAUUGAUCCAGCUUCUCGAAGUGCCCAGAAGUUGGCACCCAUUCUUAUUCUAUUGAGAAAUAUUCUCAACUGUGAUAUGCAUAUAUACUUAACCCCAGUCGGCCAACAUAGUGAUAUGCCGGUAAAGAAUUUUUAUCGAUAUGUAUUAGAACCAGAGGUACUAUUUCAACCUAAUGGUAAGUUAGCUGAGGGCCCAUUCGCGAAAUUCACUGGCUUACCUGUCAAUUCGUUGCUUACCCAAAAUUUACAGGUGCCUGAAAAUUGGCUAGUAGAAGCUGUUCGUUCCGUAUAUGACUUAGAUAACAUUAAAUUGAGUGAAAUCGGUGGACCUGUCCAUAGCGAAUAUGAAUUAGAGUACUUAUUAUUAGAGGGUCAUUGCUUCGAUUCAGGCUCCGGUGCUCCUCCGCGUGGACUCCAAGUCACACUGGGAACGCAAAAGACACCUGCCAUUGUUGACACCAUAGUUAUGGCAAAUCUUGGCUAUUUUCAACUCAAAGCAAAUCCUGGUGUUUGGGGCCUGCGCCUUCGACAAGGAAAGUCUACGGACAUUUACGAUAUUACCCAUGCUGACGGAACAAAUACCAUUCAUCAAAAUCACCUAACAAAAGUCGUAAUUAGUUCUUUGAGGUCACAUGUGAUAAAAAUGCGAGUGACGAAGAAACCCGGAAAACAAAAUGCCGAUUUACUAGGUGAUGACGAACACGAGACGAAUUCUGGAAUAUGGAGCUCCAUUGCUAAUUCAUUUGGUGCUGGCACUACCGCCUCAGCAUCUGGUGAAAAUAACUCGGGCGACUCGGAUAUAAUAAACAUUUUUUCUGUAGCUUCUGGUCAUUUAUAUGAACGACUUAUGCGAAUUAUGAUGAUAUCAGUUUUAAAGCACACAAAUUCGCCAGUAAAAUUUUGGUUUCUAAAAAAUUACCUAUCACCUCAGUUUACAGAUUUUCUUCCACAUAUGGCGAGGGAAUAUGGUUUUCAAUAUGAGCUGGUGCAGUAUAAAUGGCCGCGCUGGUUGCAUCAACAAACAGAAAAGCAGCGUACGAUUUGGGGUUAUAAAAUUCUGUUUCUGGAUGUUCUUUUCCCACUAAACGUUCGCAAAAUCAUUUUUGUAGAUGCAGAUGCCAUUGUGCGCACUGAUAUCAAAGAACUGUACGACAUGGAUUUGGCAGGUGCCCCAUAUGCCUACACGCCUUUUUGUGAUUCUCGAAAAGAAAUGGAAGGAUUCCGUUUUUGGAAACAGGGUUAUUGGCGGAGCCAUCUUAUGGGCCGCCGAUAUCACAUAUCCGCUUUGUAUGUUGUUGACCUUAAACGGUUUCGUAAAAUUGCUGCCGGUGACCGGUUACGAGGUCAAUAUCAAGCGUUGAGUCAGGAUCCAAAUAGCUUAUCAAACUUAGACCAGGAUUUACCGAACAACAUGAUUCAUCAGGUAGCCAUUAAGUCACUACCGGAGGAAUGGCUGUGGUGCCAAACGUGGUGCAGCGAUAGUUCCUUUAAAAGAGCUAAAGUUAUCGAUUUAUGCAAUAAUCCUUUGACAAAAGAGGCGAAACUUACAGCUGCGCAGCGUAUAGUACCAGAAUGGAAGAACUACGACCAAGAAAUUAAAAGAUUAAUGACACAAAUAGAGGAUCAUGAAAAUAGUGACCACUACGCGCAAGACAACGCGAAUAUACUUCCUAAAACUUCAAGAAACGAGGAGAGCAUUCAACAUGAAGAAUUGUAGUUUAAUUUCCGCUCCGUCUUGCUAUAUAAAUAGGUAUAUCCUUUUACCUCGAUUAAUGUAAACUAAAAAAGGUGAAAAUUUUGUUUUAAAUAAAAGUGAUUAAGUUUAAACCCA